AUGGGUGGCAAUGAAGAGGUGGAACCCAUGGACACGUCCGACACCCCGUGGUUUUGGUAUUACCUCGAGGAAUGUGGUAGAUGGCAUCUGUUUGAGCAUGACCCUAACAACUCCUUCAGGAAUGGGGAUAUUGAGAAUUAUUACCUGCUUGACCCAAGGGGAACUCUGACAAUGCAUUCAAGCGGCAGCAUAAGCAGGAUUGAUUUCUCUGCUAUGUUGCAGACUAACCUCAGCACAGGAGAGCAAAGACGAAUCAAACGGAGCUGCAAGAUUGAAAGAAACUGCUCCUGUUUCAGUGAAGCACCCAUCUUCUGGGAAUCAAUUGAUCCCAAGCUUCCAUACCAGCUGGUCCCUUUGGAAGAAUCGACCCCUGAGCAUUGGACUGUGGCAAAUUAUGUGAAAGUUGGCGGGCUUCUGGUCAGACCCAUCGUUUCAAUUUAUAGGAUACAAAAUGUGGACCUCUGGGAAAUGUAUUGCAGGAAAAAAAUACAGCUAAAGAGGAUUAGGGGCGUCAGUCAGAUUCAAGAGAGGCGUCUUUUCCAUGGAACGGACAUGAGCAAUGUUGACAGCAUUUGCAAGUAUAAUUUUGAUUUAAGGUUAGCUGGUCAACAUGGUCAUGUGUAUGGAAAAGGUAUAUAUUUUGCUACCCAUGCAACCUAUGCAGACAAAUACAGUUCCAUAAGCUCUGAUUCAUCACCACUGCCAUUUGUAAGGCACUCUGGAACAUCCAAAAUACUUUUUUUGGCUCGAGUGAUGGUUGGGAAAUCAACUCUAGGACAGCGUCAUUUUCAAAAACCUGAUCAUGGAGGUCUUGAAAAUUCGCACGACAGCUGCGUGGAUGAUCUCAAUCACCCUAAAAUGGUCGUUAUAUUUGAUCCAAAUCAAAUAUAUCCAGAAUAUAUGAUUCAGUACACAUGA